AACCUCAACGAGAACACUCAACUUCCUCGACAACAUCCACUGGCCAAACUGACGCCGAGAAUAGACGACCAAGGAAUUCUCCGGCUGGGUGGACGACUUAAAAACUCAUUGCUCGAUCCAGACGAAAUUCACCCAGUGAUAUUGCCACGGAAGUCUCGGCUAACAACGUUAAUCAUCAACGAAGCUCACCAGAAAACUCUACACGGAGGAGCGCAACUCACCAUGGCCUACAUCAGACAACGAUACUGGAUCGUUGGAGGCAGAAGAUCAGUACAAGCGUUUAUACUGCGCUGCUCUGUCUGCACCAGGUUCAGGGCAACACGAGCACAGCAGCUGAUGGGUCAGCUCCUAACGUCGAGAGCAACACCUUCACGACCGUUCCUGCACACUGGAAUCAAUUAUGCAGGUCCUCUUCGAAUUCUAAAGUGGAGGCCAACGAACGCUCAACCAUCAACUGUCCAUAUUGCUGUCUUUGUCUGUUUUAGCACAUCUGCCGUACACCUAGAGCUGGUCAACAGACAAACAACGGACGCGUUUAUUGCUGCCUACAAAAGAUUCACUGGAAGGCGAGGCAUUCCAGCGGUAAUGUACAGUGACAACGCCACAACGUUCGAGGGAGCAGCCAACGAACUCAACAAACUGUACAAUCAACAGUCUCCCGAGAACCAACAAAUUAGAGCAGCAUUGGCACACAACGGUACGCAGUGGAAAUUCAUCCCACCAAAAGCCCCUCACUUCGGAGGAAAGUGGGAAGCUGCGGUAAAAUCAACGAAAUACCAUCUACGACGAGUGCUGGGAACCACAACAUUAACUUAUGAAGAGUUAAAUACCGUCCUGGUGCAGAUCGAGGCCUGUCUCAACUCGAGGCCAAUUGUCCCAAUGACGGAUGACCCUGAUGACCUGCAGGUAUUAACACCAGGGCACUUCCUCAUCGGAGAGCCUCUCCAACUCAUCCCGAAGCCAUCUCAACUCGGCGCCAACACAACGAAAAUCACCAGAUGGAAUCUGGUAACGCAAAAAACUCAACAAUUCUGGUACAGACGGUCCAGAGAAUGUCUUCAACGUUAUCAUUCAACGUAUAAAUGGAAUCAACGUCAACGGAAUAUCAACGAAGGAGACAUGGUCUUGAUGAUCGACGAUGAUCAACCUCCAGCACAUUGGCCACUGGCGAGAGUAACUGCUGUAAGGCCAGGGGCUGAUAGACUCGUAAGAGUGGCUGAAUUAAUAACAGCACGUGCAGAAAUCCCAACGAAUCGGGACGGAGAGCCAGAGCCACAGAAUGCCCGAGUUCAACGUCUCACCUUCACCAGACCAAUAGCAAAACUCUGCUUGCUACCAACGGCUCCACCACCAGAACAUCAACCAGAAGACACCAACACAGAUCGACUAGAGGACAACCGGAAUAGAUAA